GUGCGCGCGCGUAGGGGAAGUUCGCCUAACGCCGGACGGCACCUAUUGCCGGACACAACAAAUAUCUAUACAUAUAGAAACGCGACAGAAAACGCUAUAGUGGCAAAAGGAGAAAGGGAGGGAGUAAUAACCUUGGACCUAGCGACACGCUUUUGCGACACGCAGUAAACAAAUAGGAACUAUCAAUCGUUGCGCUCGGAAGAAAAAAAUUGUACUGCGUAAAUUUUAGAAGAGUAUAUUAUCAAAACUCUUGUGAUUAAAUAUUGACUUAUAUUUUUAUUAAGUAAUUUGAAAAACCUAGGAGGCAUUAUGGAGAAUAAAAAGAAAGGAUCAUGGGAUAAGGAUAAUUUGAAAACUGCUCUUGAUAAAGUUUUGUCAAAAAAAAUGGGACUGAGAGAAGCUGCGCUAAAGUAUAGUAUUCCUAAAAGCACUUUACAUGACAAAAUAACCUGCCUAAAGUCCGGUGAAGAAAUUGCAUUGCAGCCUAAGCUUGGUAGAUUCACCAAAACAUUCCUACCAGAAUAUGAAGAACAAUUAUUGAACCAUGUAAAAGACUUAUCUAAUCGAUGUUUGCCACUUAUGAAAAAAGAAUUUUUAAAGUUGGCAUAUGACUUAGCUGUAGAGCUAAAGCUUCCUCAUCGCUUCAACACUGAAAAAAGAACAGCUGGUAAACAUUUUUACUAUGAUUUUAUGGCUAGACAUCCUGAUUUAUCACUAAGAACACCCGAGUCUACGAGUAUGAUGCGAGCUGUAGGUUUUAAUAAGCCGCAGGUAGAUUUGUUCUUCUCAAAUCUUGAAAAACUCAUGAAUCAAUAUAAUUUUCCUCCUUCUAACAAAAGAAACAAAGCACCGAAAACAAACAGCAGUGGCACAUUUAUCCGGGCCUGAAGCUAAUUACCUUGAAGGGUUCUUGGUUAUGAGAAAACGCGAAAUCUUUUUUCUAGUUUGUCAUACACUUCUUUUAAGUCCGGUUAUUAAUGCAUCAAAUAAUAUGUUUGUGUCUUCUAUACGAAACUUAUUCUUGCCCUUUGGUAAAUCUGUGCCUCUUUUGCCGUCUGAAAAAUUUUUUGUUUUAUUUUUUUAUUUUUUAGCUUGUGUGGAUAUCUCUGAGUGUUUUGCUAACUAUAUUUGUGAUCGGUACCUAUUAUUUUAAAGUUGUUCGGCGUUAGGGGACUUACUUUUAUUGUGUCCGGUAUUAGGGGCCAGUUUAUGUUUCACUAAAAUCAUAAAUCAAAGAUUAACUGUGAUUUAAGAUAAUUGUUCUGACAAAGUUGAUUAUUUUGUUCUUUUAUCUUGAUUUCUAAUAUGUUAACUUGUAAUAAAUACAAUAUAAAAAAUAUAUAACGAAAUAGUUUUUUAUUUAUCCUGAAAAAACCUUAGGUGUCCGGCACUAGGCGAACUCCCCCUAUAUAGAGAACCUCGGCAACGUCAGUAUCUAUAUUUGUUCACUUGUUCGGGCGCUCCUCCCAACGAUCCGUCCUACGUCCGUAUCAUUUCCCAGAUUCGAUAUCGAUGAUAUGUAUACUCUGUUCUGUGAAUUACACGAAGAACGCAUUCCGCGACGCGUCUACUUUUUUUUCUUCCACUCUGCAAAGUGACGAUGCAAUAAUCGAAAAAAAAAAAAA